CUUCCACAGGAAAUGGGUACGACUGCUAAGUCUAGAAAUUCUAUUGCUUUCUUCUUCAAUCACUUGUUUAUCAAUCCUCGUUAUUGUCAUUUAAGGCUUUCUUUCCAUACUCAAAAGUUCUAUUAUUGUCGCUGUUUUAGUGCGACUUCUGCUAAACUUACCAAUAGUGAUAGAGAUAAUGUUGAAAGCCCCAAACAGUUCUUGAAAUCUGUGAGAGAUCGAUGCAGAUCUCGCAGCUUUAAGAAUCUUGAUGAUGCCUUAGGCCUGUUUGAUAGAAUGCUUCACAUGCACCCUUUGCCCGCCGUCGUGGAUUUUAAUCAAUUGCUGACUGCAAUUGCAAGAAUGAAGCAUCACUCAACCGUGAUUUCUCUAAUUAAAGAAAUGGAACCGCUAGGCAUUGCUCCAGAUGUUUAUACUUUGGGCAUUCUGGUUAAUUGCUUUUGCCAUUUGAACCGGGUGGAUUUCGGCUUUUGUAUUUUAGCCAGAAUCUUGAAACUUGGUUUUCAACCGAACUGUACAAUUCUUACUACUCUUGUCAAUGGGCUCUCUCUUCAUGGUAAAAUUGCUGAAGCUGUGAAGUUGGUUAACAAAAUGGAGAAGAUAGGCUACAAACCUGAUAUAGUUACCUACGGAACGAUAAUUAAUUGUUUGUGUAAAAUAGGUAAGACCAGUGAAGCUAUUGGGUUGUUAAGAAAGAUGGAUGAAGGAAAUCUUGAACUUAAUGUAGUGCUGUAUAGUACAAUCAUUGAUAGUUUAUGUAAGGAUAGAUUAGUAACUGAGGCUUUGAAUUUUUUGUCUGAAAUGACUAGUAAAGGAAUUCAGCCAAACGUUUUCACUUACAGUUCUUUAAUUCAAGGCCUAUGCAAUUUCGGCCGGUGGAAGGAGACAAUUAAACUAUGGAAGGAGAUGGUUGAAAGGAAAAUCAUGCCAGAUGUAAAUACAUUCAGCAUAUUGGUGGACACAUUUUCCAAAGAAGGGAAGUUGACAGAGGCAGAAGAAGUUUUUGAUGUGAUGAUUCAUAGAGGCAUAGAGCCUAACACAAUCACUUACACUUCUUUGAUUGAUGGUUAUUGUUUGCAAAAUAGAAUAGAUGAAGCUGUCAAAGCAUUUAAAACGAUGGUUAGAAAGGGUUGUUCGCCUUCUAUUGUUAGCUAUAACAUAUUGAUCCAUGUAUAUUGUAAAAAUAGAAGAAUUGAUGAUGCAAUGAGUCUCUUCCAUGAAAUGACUAACAAUGACAUGAUUCCUGAUGUUGUCACUUACACCACUCUUAUAGGCGGGUUUUGCCGAGUUGGGAAACUUAAGAAUGCACUAGAGCUACUCCAUGAGAUGCAAGUUUGUGGCCAACCUCCAAAUCUCCAGACUUGUGCUAUUUUGUUAGAUGGCCUGUGUAAGAACCUACAAUUUUCUGAGGCAAUGGAAUUGUUUCAAGAGAUGGAAGCCAAAAAGGUACAAACAUAUUUGCUGCAAGUCAUUAAGGCAAACCCGAUGAAGUUGGUAUCUAGGAUAAAGAAGAUACAAGAAGAUCUGUUGACCUUGAAAGAGCAAUGUCAUGAACUUCUAGCAGCCAAACAGGAUUUGAUUGAUAAGGCUCGGACCACUCUUGUUGGGAACACAAGGUUACUGCAGCGGAUGCAAGCAUCUGUGGGCACCCCCUCCAGUGAUUCCGAUGAUCCAGCCUUUGCUAACUUCAACCAGAUCGUUGAUGAGUGGGCAGUUCAAGUGAGAUCAAGGACAGGGGAUGAUGAGAGGCAUGAAUCGGAUUCUCAGGAUCUUAACAAAUUACUCUUCUCAGCUAUAGUCCAAAGCAACUGAACAUGCUGGAAAGAGUUGGGUGCGAAGCAUCAUGUUCCAACCUCUAGGCACCAAGGGAUUUGAAGUUAGGGCACAAUAAGGUAAAUGCUGUAGUGUGGCCAAAAACUGGUGUACAUUAUUUGAUAUUGUUUUGCUGAAUUCAGUUGAUUUCAUGUAAUAUCGGAUUGUGUAUGAUAUUGAUUUGUACUCGAAAAAUUCUUCUGUUCAAAAAUAAUUUAAAUGUUGCGGAUUA